GCUUCUCCUCCGUCUCACCACAUAAUUUCUCGGUGGGCGAACUCUGACGGUAUCUGAGCACUCGCUUUCUCACCAUGACUUCCAAGUGCGCUAUACGCGAGGUGACGAAGGACGUCUGGACGUUCUCUUGCCCUUUCUCUCGAUUCAACGUCUUCCCCGUCGGCGCUCGCUCGACGGCCAUCAAGCUCACUAAUGGCGACGUGUGGGUGCUCGCGUCGUCGCCGUUGGACGACACCGUCAAGAAUAAGCUGAAGGAGCUUGGUCCUGUAAAGUGGAUCAUUGGGCCGGAUGCCGUUCACCAUCUCUUCUUGGGAGACUUCAAGAAGGAGUUCCCCGAGGCGAAGCUCAUAGCUGUGGACGAGGCGAUUCAGAAGAAGAAGAAAGAAGGCCUCCAGUUUGACGGCGCGUGGGGCAAGGAUAGCCCGGAUACGAAGUACGGUUUCGAGGAUGAUAUCAAGCACUGCUACUUCUCCGGAUUCAAGAACAAAGAUGUCGCAUUCUUCCACCCUGCAUCCAAGACGAUGCUCGAAGCCGACCUGCUGUUCAACCUUCCUGCCCGGGAACAGUAUUCUAUGACCGGUUCGUCCGGGAAGUUCCCAAUCUUCGGCAAUUUGAAUCCGUACACAUGGGCCCACAAGAGGUUCGCGUGGACGCUUGGGACCGACAAGGAAGCCAUGAAACGGGACGUCAAGGCAGUGGCAGGCUGGGACUUCGAGAGGAUCAUUCCAUGCCAUGGGGACGUGAUUGAGAAGGAUGGCAAGGCGGCAUGGAAGGAAGCGUACAAGUGGUUCCUCGAUUAGGUCGGAAGUCGUGUCCGCCAUUCAUAUUGUGCUCCCAUGCAUGAAACAGCUUCGUCCUUGAGGGCAUCUUAUCGUGGCUCCCACGUUGCAACGGAGACCUCGACCUGCCCCCAGUCGAUGUGAGCAUGCCAGCUGACGGAGUAAUGUCGUGCGCUCUUCGCUUCCGAUAAGAUGUGUUCCUUUUUGCAGCCCUUCUCAGGGGCGCGACCCCCUCGCCGGACGUGUGCAGAGUCCUCAAGGAUAAGUGGUAUUAU